CGGAAACAGAAACGUGAAAUCCGGGACAACAUUAACUUCACCCUCUUCCAUAUAAACAAGUCUCCUCCUCCUCCUCCUCAUUUCUAUCCUAGUAUCUUUCAUGUUCUCUCCACUUUUGUAAAAAAAAUUCCUCGGUUUUUUUCAUAGGUUUCAAUACUCUCAUUCAGUUUCAGUUUUCAAAUGGAUUAUCUCUGUAUAAUGGAGCACCUCGUUCAAUAUCCACUGUUGGUGACCAAUACUUAUAAGUCAUGGUCACACCAUUCCUCUAGGAUGAAAAAUGGAAGUUUCCCAUUACAUUUGCAUAGAAAUGAUACCUUCUCGAUCUGUUUGGCAUCGACAUUGGGCCUGGUAAAAGCUCAAUUAGUGAAUAAGGCCCAAAUGAAACGCCCCUAUUCGGAAUAGCAACUAACCGCCUUAUGACGUCAAACUAAAUCUUUUCAAAACGAUAUUCAGAAACCCUAGAUCUACAGCAUUCUCGAGCUCUCGACUUUACGAUCCUUUGAUCCAGCAGGACUUUGUGAAAAUGGCCUCUCCAGAACUGAGAUGCAGAAUGUAUAGGCCUCGCUAUCCAGAGGUGGAUAGGCUUGUGAUGGGGAAGGUUAUGAGUACUUCUGGUAAUGAUGCUGUGAUUUCGUUGCUUGAGUUUAAUGAGAAAGAGGCGAAGGUCUUCAACUCUGGCGAGAGAGGUCUUGUAGUUGGCAGAACAAUGCCAUUUCGUGUAUUAGAUGACAACAAGAGGGCCAUUCUUCUGCGCCCUAAUCCUCUUAGUUUCGAAGAUAAAAUGGUAUGUGAAAUGGAGUACUCGAAGGCUAAACAUGUGCAGAGGGUUCUCUUCAGUGUUGCGGACGAUAGGAAGUUGAAUCUCAAGCGUCUUUACAAGUUAGUUGGUUGGCCUUCCUAUGAAGAACUGUUGAAUUUGCAUGAAGAUCAAAGAUUUCUCAGUGCUGACGUUGAUCCUGAUCUUAGGGACUUCCUUCUACAGAGAAUUAAACUUAUGGUUUACUACUCUUGGAGGAUCAUCAAUCCCAGAAUUCUUCAGAUAUGCCUGAUUGUUCAGCUGUUGAACAUUUGCUAUGCUAUAGCGCUUACACGACAGGUUGAAGCAUACUUGAAAUUGAAGAACCUUCUGCCAUACGAUUCCUAUCUCUCCAUCCAAGACUUGGUUAAUAAGGCAGUUAAAAAGGGAUUGGUUGACAUUGCUGAUGCUUCUGUUCCAAAGCUUGGACCUGUUUCAAAGAUUAUUCAGCGUGAUGGUCUCGUGUCUGAAGGUGAUUGCCCAUUCCAGAAUUCAAUUGAUGGAGAGUACAGAAGAACUGGUGGCCCUGUGAAAAAGAUUGAUAAAGCGAGAGUUUAUUAUGCGGGGGAUGAAGUUCCUAAUGAUAUGGUAGCCUUUGAUAUUAUUCAACGCCUGUUACUUGCACCUAUUUCAUGCUCUAUUCUGUUGUAUCCUUCAUACAACAACUGUCUAAAGGAAGAUAGAAUUUACGGUCCAACCGGUGAUGAAGUUCGAACCUAUGAAAAUGAUAGUGAGGCCCUUGAUUGUCACACAAUGCUCUGUACAGGUCAUGGCGUCGAUAGGUACGGGAAAAGUUUCUUAGAAAUGCAAGACAGUAGUGGGAAUGUCAAUGCUGUUGAUCAAGGGUAUGUCAAGUUUGCACACAUGAAUACAGUAGUCGACUAUGUUGUUUUCACGGUAAGUAUUUGUUUAUUAUGCUUUAUUUUAUUUUCAAAGUUCAUAUUGUUUACUGGAAUUUCAUUUUUUAAAAGGAUUACUGAAGAAACAAAGAGUGAAACUGGUUGAGAAGAUACCAUUGGAGAGACUACAUUAACAUUCACAGGUUUGCUUAUAUGCUCUCUAUAUGUUAUUUUAUAUUUUUGUUUUUUGUGAUAUCUUCUGAUGCUCGUAUUUUAUGUUUGAUAUUUUUGUUGUUGCUGCAGACACAAGGAAAAGGAGUGAGAUUUUUCGAUUGUAGUUUCUUUCUCAUUUUUUCCUCUAGACUUUUCUUGAAGUUCUUUUAAUGUGUACAAAAUUGCUAUCUGUGUUUUGCUGUUAUUUUUAAAUAUUGUGUUUUUCGUUUUGGGAUUAAUCGUUCACUGUAUUACAAGGUUAUUAAAUACGUUCUUAGUUUUUCCUGCAACGUAAAG